UGUCCUACAGGAAGUGUCUUUGUUUUGACCACUCACCGCCUCCAGCUGAACUCGAACACGUGAACAUGUCAACGGGUGUUUCCUGACGAGCAAGCCGCCGACCUGCUGCAGAGUCCCGGGUCAGAGCCGGACGACCCCUCGGUGGUGGCUCCGCUGUCACUUCCGGCCUGUGACGGGUCUCGUCCUCCUGCAGCUCAGGGGGAAGAAGAGCCCAUGUUGUCAGAGUCAGUGUGGGCUGCGAGCGUGUGACAGGCUGGAGAUGAUGGAGGGCGCAGGCUGGAGGACGCAGGUUCGGCUCAGAGCCGCUGCUGUCUGCGUCCUGACGCUGUGUUUUGGUUCCUUACAAGUGAUCGCCCUCAAGUCCCAACUUUUCACCAGGCUGGGUGGGUUCCCCCCCCCCUCAGAGACCCCCAUCAACUACAGGACUCUUUACUUUGACCAGAGGAUUGAUCACUUUGGAUUUCUGGAGGAUGGCACGUUCAAACAGAGAUACCUGGUUGCCGACGAACACUGGAAACAACCUGGAGGACCUAUUUUAUUCUACACAGGCAAUGAAGGCGACAUCGCGUGGUUCUGCAACAAUACUGGCUUCAUGUGGGAAAUUGCGGAGGAGUUGGGCGCCAUGCUGGUUUUUGCAGAACAUCGUUACUAUGGAGAAUCUCUGCCGUUUGGACAAGACUCUUAUAGUGACAGCAAACACCUGAACUACCUGACCUCCGAGCAGGCCUUGGCAGAUUUUGCAGUUCUGAUUCAAAGCUUGAAGAGCACUUUAACCGGAGCUCAGCACAGCCCAGUCAUUGCUGUUGGAGGCUCCUACGGGGGGAUGCUCUCUGCCUGGUUCAGGAUGAAGUACCCCAAUGUAGUUGUCGGAGCUCUGGCAUCCUCCGCACCAAUAUGGCAGUUCCCUGGUCUGGUGCCAUGUGGCGCCUUCUACAGAACAGUAACGCAAGACUUCGCCAGAAGUGGCUAUAACUGUGAUGCCAACAUUAGAAAGUCGUGGAAGGCAAUUAAUAAUGUCUCCUCCACUGCAUCUGGUCUCCAGUGGCUCUCAGAUGAAUUCAAUUUGUGCAGCCCUCUCAAAAACCCGAUGGAUGCCAUCGCCUUCAAGAACUGGCUUCAAGAGACUUGGGUGAACCUGGCAAUGGUGGACUACCCGUAUGAAGCCAGCUUCCUGCAGCCGCUACCUCGCUGGCCGAUCCAGGUGGUGUGCAAGUAUCUCAGUUUGAAUUCCACUGUGUCCGACUACGAGCUCCUGCACGGCGUUUCUCAAGCAGCAAAGGUCUACUAUAACUACACCGGCAGCUCCUCCUGUCUAAACACAUCUCAGACAGCGACCGGCAGCCUCGGGUUACUCGGCUGGUUUUACCAGGCCUGCACAGAGAUGGUGAUGCCCAUGUGCACAGAUGGCGUCCAUGACAUGUUUGAACCCGAGGAGUGGAACUUCCAGGCCUUCUCUGAGGAGUGUCACGCCAUGUUCGGCGUCAGGCCGCGGGCUGAGUGGGCAGGCAUCGUCUACGGGGGGAAGGACCUCGCUGCUCACAGCAACAUCAUCUUCAGUAACGGAGGACUCGACCCGUGGUCGGCCGGUGGCGUCACCUACAACAUAACAGAUUCUCUGGUUUCUGUCAUGAUUCCUGACGGAGCUCAUCACCUGGACCUCCGCUACAGCAACGACUACGACCCUCCCUCAGUCCGAGCAGCCCGGGCGUUGGAGCUGAAGUAUUUUCGGGAAUGGAUCAAGCAGGUUCAAACUGUGUCAAUGCCCUAAUCUCUCAAAGCGGCACAAACGUUACCUGAUUUACUAAUCAGUGACACGGUAUUUCACAGGGUUCUCUUUCUGUCAUGAGGCCAAAGUUUAAAUCAAUCAGAGAUUUUCUUUAAAAGAUCAAAUGAAUGCACAUUAAUUUAAACAUCAAUAUUGAUUUUAAAAACAUGACAAUUACUUAAAUUCAUGUUUUUAUUGUUAAAUCAUAGAUUUCAGUGCUGGAGUCUUAGACUUCAAUUAAAUAGAUAAAUACUUAAUUUAAACAGAGGAAAUAGGGGAGUCCAAAUACAGCACAACCCCAGGAUAACAGCACAGUAUUUCUUUAUGCCAAAUGAUAUAUUUCCAAAUGCUGGGACAUAAAUUAUUAUUAUUAUGAGUGAAAAUGAAAAGUGUCUUGAUCACAAUGUAGUUCAGUUAAUAUCUUUAUUUAGUUUGUUCAUGUUAUCAAAUAAUCACCAAAAGACUCAGAUCAUCCUCAUUUUGUCUGAAGUUUGACAAAACCCAUCAUGGCCUCUCUGUCGUCCAGCUUUUAUUUUCUGCCUCUGUCAGUGUUUCAGUCAGGGCGACAUUUCCUGUUCGAUCACAUCUUCAUGUCAUUGACACUCCUUAAGUUUUUGUUGAUUAGCCAUUGGUGUUUGUAACGUCUCAGGAGAAAAGUUGACACCAAAUACUUUGUAAAGACGACACAUUUUUUAAUGUUAUUAAACUUUGAUAUAAGA